AUUGGCUUUCGCAAUUGGCAUUAUAAAUUCAGCUGCUCAUUAAAUUAUUAUGGAUUACGAAGAAGAUCAACUGAUAGAACAGACUCGACUCUGUCAACUGGACGAAUUGGCAUCUGACAGAUGGCUGUCUCAUCAUCAAGCAGUGGUCCAGUUAUCGCUCAAGGCUGUCUCGCAGACGGCUCAACUCAAAGAAGAGACUGUCUACUCUAAAUUAAUGGUUGCAGAGAAAGUAUCCCUGCUGGUCUACGAUGCCAUUCUGAUUGAAAUAUGGAGGGAGGAAAUCUUGCCUCACUUGCUCAAGACAGAGACUUCCCUUUCACCUCUGAUGAUUUACACGGUGCUGUACCACGAAGGAGCAGUCAUUAGCUUGCUGGAGCUAUUGCUGUACCAUUCGGCCGCAUGCGAAGCCCUGGGCGACUCGAUCGUCGACUUGAUCGACUAUUGCCACCGCACGCUCUUGCGUUCGGCCGCGACGGCAGCGCCGAGGAACCCGUCCUUGGCCGACAGCCCGCUCCUCAAGCACCUGGACGUCAGCCACUUGGAGGCCAACAUCGCCAUCCGCUGCAUCGCCAUUCUGCGCUUUCUCGCCGGUCAUGCAGACAAUUUGUCUGAAAUAGUAACAUCCCGGAUGCUUACAACGACGGACGUGCCCCUGCUGGCGGUCCAGCUGAUGGACCAGCAACCGUGGAUCCGGCAGGAAAAACGACGACGUAUGGGCAGCGAUGACAGCGGAAGUCGAGACGACGACGAAAGAGCCGAAAUCUACGAUAACGGUCAAUGGCGCCCAUGCACUGACGACGAAGCAUCCGGCUCAAACGUAGGGCAACUUCAUCCAGUAGCUGCUCACCUCUGGCUCCUCCUUUUGUCGCUUCUGAUGAGUCCCGUAGCUCCGCGCAAGUACGAACUCAACGACUUCCGUUGCCAGCAAUUGCUCAAAUUGCGUUCCAGUUUGAAUAAUUACGUCAUCGAUCAAAUUCCACCGCUGGCCGAUUUUGAACAGUGGCUGGUGCAGCUUUCGGUUGUCGGCGCCCAUCAAGUUUGGCGUCAUUCAGGCCCCACCCAGAAGCCUUUCAUCCUAGAACUUGUGGCCGAAAUGAGACAGCUCUUGCUCAAGCAGCUGGCCGUCAAAUGGACAGCCAUCCUUGAUGGACAGCGACAGUUUCUCAGUGACGAAUCACCCGAAACCGUUCAAAGGUUGGCGGCUAUUUAUGAUCCGGAAAACCUGGAAACAACGUUCAACCAUUGCACUGCUAAGGCAACUGUGCCAACAACAUCAUCAGCAACUGAAAUCAAUCGCCGAACGUGUACGACCGCCACUUCGACCUGCACGCUGUGCAACAAACAGGCCCAACAUCGUUGCUCACGUUGCCGAUGUCAGCAUUAUUGCAGCAAGGAAUGCCAAGUAGCGGAUUGGCCGACGCACAAAUCGGAUUGCAAGCCAGCGCUGAAAGGCCUGACUCGGCGCGAAGGAAACCACCUCCUUCUUCUCCAACAGUGACACACACACACACACAAUCGUCGUAUUAACUUCCAGGCUACAUAGCAGCUGUUACGAGUUCCAAAGACCGCGUUUUUUUUUUCUUUCCCGUUCUUAUCGUAAAAAAAAAAAAAAAACGAAGAGAGCACAAAUAUUAAGAGUCAAGGGUGCGUGUUUCUUUUGAAACCCGGGCAAUCUGAUUUGGCACGUUUAUAUUGCGUCUGUCGUUUCUCUUUACGUUUUUCUUUUGGCGUCUAAAAUCCAAUGUCCUUUUUUUUUUUUUCUGGACUUUUACCCCUCCGCAAAGAUUAAAUGACACGUUGUGUGUACCCUGUCUCGCUUUGCUGUUAGCCAAUAUUUGCUCGGUGAAAAGAAUUUUUUUUGGACCCAGUAUCAAUGGCCAACAGCGCAGUCCAGCACCGGAUAUUUGAUGUUUUGUUUCCCCAUUUUUUAUUUGCCUACCGCAGUGUAUCACAUACUAUUGGCUUUUUGUUUUUUCUUCUCCAAUAUGUUUCGUUUUAUUGACUAUCCUCUAAAGCAAACGUGAGAACAGACGCUUAUUGCCCGCGUCCAUUUCUGCCGGGAUUUCCUAAUCUCUCACUUUGGUGUCAGUCACACGGAGAGCAAACUACUUUUUUUUUCUGAACACGCAUCGUAGCAUUUGUACUUAUUGGUUAUUUAUCUUUGUUAUACCUUUGCCUCUCGUCGGAUGCAGUAAUCAAAAAGAAUUUUCACGGCGCACACACGUUUCACUUCUGGCCAAGGACAUUUGUGUGUUUCUGGUCGUAUUCCACGCUGCGUUUUUAAGUUCUUAUCUCUUGAAAAAUUAGGUCAAAGUUUACAUAUACGAGUGAUACUUAAUCUGCAAUGUUUCUAUGUAUUUGAAGAAUAAUACAUAGAAAUGUUUUAAACAUUUACACUGAUCUUGUUUAGGGUUUGACAUAUGCUAGCAGACGAUAUCUUGUUUUCUGUUUCGCCAUUUGCAACGGACAAACAAGAGAGAACAAGAUAAUUUGUUGUACGUGACAUUAUAAAAAAUGGGUUUCGAUGUACCCUAUGAACU